GUCACACUUCUGAUCGGUCCAGACAGAGCUGAUGAUGGAGCUCAAUACUGGUGUGAAGCAGAGCUGGAUCUGGGAGCAGAAGGACCUCAACCUCAUCCUACAAAUUCAUCAAAACCUCUCAGCAUUGCUGUAUAUUAUAAACCAAAACACUCCAAUUCAACAGAGACCAUCAUUCAAGAUGAUAAGGUCAUGCUAGAUUGUACAGUGAAGGCAAACCCGGCUCCUACGUACACAUGGGAUCAUCUGAAAGAGAAGAACAGCUCCUCAGUGCUCAAGUCCUCAGCACUCAGUCUAGGAAACUACACGUGCACCGCCACAAACACUCUGGGAAGAGACAGCAAAGUGUUCAUCGUCAGAGAUGGCUGCCCCAUUUUGUUAAGUCCUCUUGAUGUGGUGGUUGAAUAUGGAGCUUCAUUUUCAGUGAACUGCUCCUACAGCGCCACACAUCAAUUUGGCUUGAGCUGGGAUGGAUUUGAUGACACAGUGGAGGAGAGUGAAGAGAUCUUCAGAUUUGUGGAUAAAGUGACGGACUGGGAGACAAAUCUAACGUGUUACAUGUCCUCUAAUGAAACACAGUGUUCACAGGAUCUUCCAAUUACUAUUUACAAGACUCCAGACAGUGUGUUCAUCAGCACUGUGAAUCACAGAGGACCAAUGACGGAGGGACAGCAGUAUGAGCUCCAGUGUGACGUUCACAAUGUGGCUCCUGUUCAGAAUCUCACUGUCAAAUGGUACAAAGGACAGACUCUGCUGCAUCAAACCAACUUCACUGACACCAUCGAGACUCCAGUGAAUGAAACUGUCACACUCCUGAUCCGUCCAGACAGAGCUGAUGAUGGAGCUGAAUACUGGUGUGAAGCAGAGCUGGAUCUGGGAGCAGAAGGACCUCAACCUCAUCCUACAAAUUCAUCAAAUCCUCUCAGCAUUGCUGUAUAUUAUAAACCAAAACACUCCAGUUCAACAGAGACCAUCAUUCAAGACGAUAAGGUCAUGCUAGAUUGUACAGUGAAGGCAAACCCGGCUCCUACGUACACAUGGGAUCAUCUGAAAGAGAAGAACAGCUCCUCAGUGCUCAAGUCCUCAGCACUCAGUCUAGGAAACUACACGUGCACCGCCACAAACACUCUGGGAAGAGACAGCAAAGUGUUCAUCGUCAAAGACAGUCAAUGUCCUGUUCAAAUCAUCCCACGGAGAGCUGUUGUGAGGUACGGAGACAAUGUUUCUGCUCACUGCAAAACUUCAGUCCUGCAUGAAGGGAUGGGAUGGGAAGCCAGUGAGGGAAGAGUGCCCAUGACCAAAAACCAGAAUCUGAUCACAUGGAGAGUGCCAGAACUGACAGAAUGGGACAUAAAGCCUUUCUGCUACAUAAACUAUAAAAUAGGUGAUAAGGAUCAGUGUCAAGUAGAGCUCCCAGUCACUGUUUACAAGACACCAGACAGUGUGUUCAUCAGCACUGUGAAUCACAGAGGACCAAUGAUGGAGGGACAGCAGUAUGAGGUCCAGUGUGACGUUCACAAUGUGGCUCCUGUUCAGAAUCUCACUGUCAAAUGGUACAAAGGACAGACUCUGCUGCAUCAAACCAACUUCACUGACACCACCGAGACUCCAGUGAAUGAAACUGUCACACUCCUGAUCCGUCCAGACAGAGCUGAUGAUGGAGCUCAAUACUGGUGUGAAGCAGAGCUGGAUCUGGGAGCAGAAGGACCUCAACCUCAUCCUACAAAUUCAUCAAAACCUCUCAGCAUUGCUGUAUAUUAUAAACCAAAACACUCCAGUUCAACAGAGACCAUCAUUCAAGACGAUAAGGUCAUGCUAGAUUGUACAGUGAAGGCAAACCCGGCUCCUACGUACACAUGGGAUCAUCUGAAAGAGAAGAUCAGCUCCUCAGUGCUCAAGUCCUCAGCACUCAGUCUAGGAAACUACACGUGCACCGCCACAAACACUCUGGGAAGAGACAGCAAAGUGUUCAUCGUCAAAGACAGUCAAUGUCCUGUUCAAAUCAUCCCACGGAGAGCUGUUGUGAGGUACGGCGACAAUGUUUCUGCUGACUGCAAAACUUCAGUCCUGCAUGAAGGGAUGGGAUGGGAAGCCAGUGAGGGAGCAGUGCCCAUGACCAAAAACCAGAAUCUGAUCACAUGGAGAGUGCCAGAACUGACAGAAUGGGACAUAAAGCCUUUCUGCUACAUAAACUAUAAAAUAGGCGAUAAGGAUCGGUGUCUAAUAGAGCUCCCAGUCACUGUUUACAAGACUCCAGACAGUGUGUUCAUCAGCACUGUGAAUCACAGAGGACCAAUGAUGGAGGGACAGCAGGAUGAGCUCCAGUGUGACGUUCACAAUGUGGCUCCUGUUCAGAAUCUCACUGUCAAAUGGUACAAAGGACAGACUCUGCUGCAUCAAACCAACUUCACUGACACCAUUAAGACUCCAGUGAAUAAAACUGUCACACUCCUGAUCCGUCCAGACAGAGCUGAUGAUGAAGCUCAAUACUGGUGUGAAGCAGAGCUGGAUCUGGGAGCAGAAGGACCUCAACCUCAUCCUACAAAUUCAUCAAAACCUCUCAGCAUUGCUGUAUAUUUUGCUCCAAAAAUUCUGUUUUAGAGACUGGUCUCCAUUGACAGAGACAUCAUUGGAUUCAUAUCCUUUAAAUUUAUAUUCUGUUGAGGGUAACCCUCGUCCAGACGUCUCCUGGAGACACAAAUCAUCAUCAGUCAAUUCCUCUAUGCCUCUUACCAGAUAUGAUUCUGGCCUAUAUGAAAUCAUUGCUGGGAAUGACCUGAAUAGUGUCAGCUGUUUUAUGAACAUAACAGUCGAGUAUGCCCCAGUGUUUUAUGACAGCCAAGAGAAAUUUGUUGUGGGAGAAGACAGCAAUAUAACGUUAGAGUGCUACUCGACUGGUAACCCAGAACCUGAGAUGUGGUGGAGCUUCAAAAAUAGGAACAUCUCCACUGGGAGGCGCCACAUAAACAUUGAGAGAGCCACGUCUACCAAUGCUGGAGUUUAUACAUGCAGUGCCACGAAUAAAUUUGGACGCAGUGACAAGACCUUCAUAGUGGAGAUAAAAGAUGACUCUCCCAACUACAUUCUAACUGUUGUAGUGGUGGUGGUAUUUAUAUCACUUGUUUUAAUCAUCCUUUUAGUGGUCUUAAUGUGGAAGAGGAGAAAAUCAAGAGGAAAUUAUGAAGUACAUUCAGAAAUGCAGCCGUUAAGAAAUGGGGACCCUUAGUGGGUUUUAUCUUGUUUUAAUAAGUUUAAAUAUGCUUACACUGAAAAAAAUAAAUAAAAUAAAAAUACUAUACUGAACAUCAUUGAGGUUACAAUAAAUAAAUACAUUCUAUAAAUGUCUGUGGUGUAACGUGUGAAAGCUAAUACUGUACAGCAUGCAAUUUUCACUUGUGUGAUUAAGGAGAUAUGACAUGGAUAUUUCAGU